UUAUUCCAUGGCGGAAAUAACCUGUCACAAACUAAACCCCACAAUUUCCUUUAUAAACGGAGAGGAGGAGAGGAAUUAGCGUUCUACGCGGAAUCCCCAUAUCAGAUCUCUCCACUCUGCAUCUUGGUUCCCAGGAAGAAAACUUCGAUCUCCCUAAUACAUUGGAUACAGAAAUAAGAGGGGAUGGAGCUCUUCUAUUACCUUCUCUUUGCCGUCCUGUCGGCGGUGGUGGCGCUGCUGGAGCUGAGCAAGACCAGCAAAGAUCGCAUUGCCACCUCCACAGCCUUCAACUCCUUCAAGAACAACUACCUAGUAGUCUAUUCUCUCAUGAUGGCUGGUGAUUGGUUGCAGGGUCCCUAUGUUUAUUUCCUCUACAGUCAGUAUGGAUUUGACAAGGGAGACAUUGGUCGUCUGUUCAUUGCUGGAUUUGGCUCUUCCAUGUUAUUUGGAACCAUAGUCGGAUCUCUGGCCGACAAACAAGGUCGUAGGAGGGCAUGCGUGACCUAUUGCAUAACUUAUAUUCUUAGCUGCAUCACAAAGCAUUCUCCGCAGUAUAAGGUCCUAAUGCUUGGUCGUAUAUUGGGCGGAAUUGCUACAUCCUUGCUAUUUUCGGCCUUUGAAUCAUGGCUUGUUGCAGAGCACAAUAAGAGAGGCUUUGAACCUCAGUGGCUAUCCUUAACUUUCUCAAAGGCUAUAUUUCUUGGUAAUGGUCUAGUUGCAAUUGUCUCCGGACUGUUUGCUAAUAUAUUGGCAGAUAACUUGGGCUUUGGCCCUGUUGCCCCUUUUGAUGCUGCUGCAUGCUUCCUUGCUAUUGGGAUGGCAAUCAUAUUAUCCUCCUGGAGUGAAAACUACGGAGAUUCUUCUGAUAACAAAAGUUUACUAUCUCAAUUUAAAGGUGCUGCAGUAGCCAUAGCUUCUGAUGAAAAGAUUGCUCUUUUGGGUGCAAUACAGUCACUGUUUGAAGGCUCUAUGUAUACAUUUGUUUUUUUGUGGACUCCUGCAUUAAGCCCAAAUGAGGAGGAUAUUCCUCAUGGGUUUAUCUUCGCUACAUUCAUGCUUUCUUCAAUGUUGGGAAGCUCCACUGCAUCUCGUUUGUUGGCUCGCUCCACACCAAAAGUAGAAAGUUAUAUGCAGAUCAUUUUUGGAAUUUCUGCACUAACUCUUCUUCUUCCUAUAAUAACUACUUUUCUAGUGCCAUCUACUGGAGUAAAAGGGGGCAGCAUUUCAGUUGCAGGCUGCAUCCAACUCUUUGGCUUCUGUACCUUUGAGGCAUGCGUUGGGAUAUUUUGGCCAUCUAUCAUGAAGAUGAGGUCUCAAUACAUUCCGGAGGAAGCUAGAAGCACGAUCAUGAACUUCUUUCGUAUUCCUCUCAACAUAUUCGUCUGUGUUGUUCUUUACAAUGUGAAUGCAUUUCCCAUCACUGUCAUGUUCGGCAUGUGCUCUAUUUUCCUCUUCAUGGCUGCGGUUCUACAAAGGAGGCUAAUGGUGGUUUCUGAGAGCCACAAAUCAAAGCCACAGGACUGGAUGGCAGUGAAGGAGAGGGACAAUGAGACAGAACCGUUGAAUAUCUAAUUUGUAUUUGUAGCAUACCUCAAUUGGAGUUGACACAUCUUUAGUUCCUUGAUGUUUCCAACGAUACAUAUACAUAUAUUCCGAUUGGCUUAUAAUCUUUAUGAGUUGUGCUUUACUGAAGAUUGAAUGAGUUGUAUUACCAUCAGCAACACCUGGAGAAUUCUCUCGUUAUUACCAAGUACUCAGUAGUCAUAGAAUCUCAGUUUGACUUCUUAUUCCGAGUGUCGAAUGAUUGGUUGUGGCAAAGUAUGCCAACGCAACCAUAUCUGGUGAGCUAUGUUAGUAAAUUUUAAGCAUCAUCUGCUCUGUAGUAUAUGUAAUAAUAUUGCUACAUUAAGUUAUUAAAUUUGUUUCAAGACUCCGGCAGCUUG